AUGGAUAAUUAUCAUACACCAUGGAUAAGUGUUUGGUAUUGUAUAGUUAUACAAUUUUUUUUUGGACUUCAAGGAUCAGUAUUUUAUACUUCUAUGUGGUCAUAUCUCUCAAGUCUUUAUCCUAAUAUUACUGUUAGUUAUUAUGGAUGGUGUGUUGCAUCAUUUAGUUUAGCUCAAGCAAUAUCAUCACCAAUAUUUGGAUUAUGGAGUGAAAAAAAUACAACAUUAAAAAUACCAACAACAAUAGGUUUAUUAUUUAUAUGUAUAGGAAAUAUUUUAUAUUGUUUUUUAACAAAAUUACCCAUUAAACAAUUAUAUUUUUUUGCAAUAUUUAAUAGAAUAGUUUGUGGUAUUGGUGAAGGAUGUUUAAGUAUUAUACGUGCCUAUAUUGCUACAGCAUGCCAUGAUGAUGAUCGUUCAAAAGCUGUUACCAUUGGUUUUGGUGCAUAUGUACUUGGAUUGGCAUUUGGACCAACAAUACAAUUAUUAUUUUUACCAUUUUUUUCAGAAAGAUAUGUUAAAAAUACUUUUAAUAUUAAUGUUUAUAAUGCUCCAGCAUUUACAUUUUCAAUAUUAUCUAUAAUAUUUAUUAUUGGUAUAUAUAUUUUUAAAUUUCCUUAUAAUCCAAAAAUUAUUCAACCAAAACAUAUCAAGGUUGUUGAAAAAUGUUCUAAAAAUCAGGAAGAGACAUUAGAUUACCUUUCAAUAUGUAUUUUAAUUUAUACAUAUGUAACACAACAAUCAUUUGCCUCAAAUGAUGAAGUUCUUGCAUCACCAUUUACAAUUGCUUUAUAUAACUGGACAACUGAUGAAGCUAUCAAAUAUAAUGGAAUAAUUUUUACAUUUGCAGCAUUUUUAUCUGUUAUAGUAUAUUUAUUAUUGGCAUAUGAUAUAUUUGGAAAAAUAGAUAGAAGAAAAAUUAUUUUAGUUGGUUUAAUAUUAUUUGCUACACAUCAUUUAGUUAGCCUACCAUGGAAUUUUUAUGAUGGUCCACUUGAUUAUGUACCACUUAAAAAUAAUACUACUAUUGAAGAUUUUACUUAUGCUGGGGGGUGUUCUAGAAGAUAUGAUUGGUGUGUUACAACAAAACGUGUACCAUUAUUUUUGUAUGUUUUUACAAUGAUGAUAUCAUUUGGUUUGGCAUAUCCAUGUGUUAGUAGCUCAAUUGGAACUAUGUAUGCAUCACUUCUUGGUAACAGAAAACAAGAUUUUUUUCAAGGAAUUCUUGAAUUUUUUGGAUCAUUAUUUAGGUGUAUGUCACCACCAAUAUUAACAAUGCUAUUUAAUGCUACAGGAUAUAAAUAUACAAUGUUAAUACAAUUUGUUUUAUUAUUAAUAUCAAUUAUAUUUAUUAUUAUAUGUUGGAAACGUUUGAAAGAUAAAAAAUAUGACAAUUUAUAUAAUAAUUAUUCAAUAUCACCAUCUAGAAAAAAUUCAAAUAGUGUUGAGUUUACAUAA